GUGCGCCAAGAACUGCGGAAAAAGGGCGCCGCCCCGGUGUUCGUACACGGCCUCGAGGAUAUGGAGCUGAAGGCUGGAGCGUCGGCUGCGGUGGCAGGCCAGUUGACGAGAAAAACUCGCCAACGCAUCGCUGGGCACCGUUCUGCGGCCAAGGGGUUGGCCGAGUCAAUCAUGGCGACAGCCUUGUUGAGCCCGACCACCUCGCAGCCGUUUGAACUCCCCGAAGACGCCGAGAAACCGGAAGAACAACAGGAGAAGAUGGAGGAAGCAGAUGAGAAGAAGAAACAACUCGAAAGGCAGUCCUCCAGCAAGGACGAGACCGACAACUCGGCCCCGUCCAGCUUGGAUGAUAUCCGGCAAGCCGUGCAACACCGAAACCGGAAGCCGUGCCGGCCAAAGUUCCUUGUCAAGCCAAAAGCCAAGAAGGAGCUGGAGGAGGGCAGGAGCCUACGGCUAAAAUGCGCCAUCUCGGCCAACCCGCUGCCUACCGUAUACUGGGACCGGGCAGGAGUCGUCUUGGAGACCGGAAACAAAUUCUCAAUCUACAAUGAUGGAGACUUCUACUAUCUGGAGGUGCACCACGUCUCCGUGCACGACCAAGGAUUCUACAACUGUACCGCCACUAACACUGAAGGAAUUGCGACUAGUUCUUCGGAGGUUGAGGUGGUCCGCGCGGAAGCGCCGAAGCGCCGCACGCGCAAGGAGCCGAAAGCACCCCAAUUUAUCGAAGUACUCCCUGGCGUCCUCCGUGGAACCGCCGGAGAGCAGACUACGUUCGCUCACGUGACGCUUGCGGACGAGGGCAGCUACGCGUGCGUGGCCUGCAACCAGAAUGGGGAGGCGAAAACGCAGAUGAAAUUUGAGGUCGCUCCUGGUGUUCACAAAAAGGGAGACGGCCAGGCGCCACUAUUCCGCGCGGAGCGCCUGAAGGACCGCAUCCGGGUCCGCGACGGCCAGCCGUGUAGUUUGGAGGCCGAGAUCAUCGAGGGCUCCGAGCCGUUGACGAUCAAGUGGCUGAGGGAUGGUGUGCAGAUUGAAGAUUCCACCGCAUUCCGAUACUCACAAAGCGGAAAAAUCUGCCGACUUGCCGUGGCAGAUGCCUUCCCAGAAGAUGCCGGACAGUACAGCUGCGAGGCCAGAAAUCAAUGGGGAGUGGCGAGAUGUCUACCCGACGAGAAGCCGGCCGGCGAGCAGGCCCCGAAAAUCUUGGAUGCCCCAGCCAGCCUCAGCGCUGACCUCGGAAUGCUGCUGGUUAUCAAGGCAAAGAUCGUCGGCCACCCCGACCCGGUCGUCGAAUGGCACAAGGGCACGGAGAAGGUAAUCAACAGCGACAAGUACAAGAUGACGUCCGACGGAGAGUCGAUGAUUCUGACGAUUUCUGAUACGAAUAGACGAGACGCUGGCAAAUACAAAAUCACCGCAUCGAAUCACGCCGGCCAAACGACGCACACCGUCGACGUGACAGUACGCGAGCCAACGCCGAAUCCCUACGGUGAAGACCUCGCCACUGCCAAGCUGCUCCUGGAGGCCGUCCUCCGUCUAUUGUCCACCACCGUACUCGUCGCCUUCUGUGCCGUCGUCCGGUCGACCGUCCAGUCCACCGUAUCGUUGCAAGACAGUCGCGACGACGUAAAUUUGAUG